AUGAAAUUAUUCAAUUCAAUUCUUUUAACUGGUUUAAUAUCAGCAAUUGGUAUAAAUGCAACCACUACGACCACUUCAACAACUGCUAAUACUUCAACUUCAACAACAUCAACAUCAAAUAACUCAUGUUCAUUUUCAUCAACAACAAUUAGUGCACUUACUGCAGUUGAACAAGUUAAUUCAUGUCCAACAUUAGAUGGAACAAUUUUAAUUACAGGAAAUGAAAUUUCAGAAAUAAAUUUAAAUUCAAUAAAUCAAUUAAAUGCAAAUUUAACAAUUUAUAAUUCAAGUACAAUUAAUACAAUAAAUUUAAAUUCAAUAGAAAAUAUAACAGGUUCAUUAAAUUUUAAUAAUUUAACUCAAUUAAGAACUAUAAAUUUAAAUUUAAUUGAAAUGGCUCAAGAUUUACAAUUUAUUUCAUUACCAAAUUUUGAAAAUUUAAAUUUAAAUUCAGAUGUUUUAAAAGCUGGUAGAAUUAUUUUAUCAAAUACUGCUUUAAGUAAUCUUAAUGGUUUAGCAUUAUUUGAUUCAAUUGAAUAUAUUAAUAUAAAUAAUAAUAAAAAUAUGUCACAAUUAAAUUUUGAAAAUUUAAAAAAUGUUUCAGAUUCUUUAAUUUUAAGUUUUAAUCAUAAUAAUGCUCAAGUUAAUUUAAAUAAUUUAGAUUGGUGUUCAAAUUUAACUAUUCAAGAUGUUUCAAAUUUUCAAGCAAAUAAUUUAACUUUUAUUAAUGGAAGUUUACAAUUUAGUUAUAAUUCAUUUGAUAGUUUAAAUGUUUCAAGUUUAACAAAUAUUGGUUCAUCAUUACAAAUUUUUGCAAAUGAUGAAUUAGAAAAUUUAGCAUUUGGUUCAUUAACAAGUAUAGGAGGUGAAUUAAGAUUUUUUAAUAAUUCAGAAUUAUCACAAUUAAAUCAAACAUUUACUGCUUUACAAAGAAUUGAUGGUGCAGUAUCAAUAAAUGGUAAUAUUGAUUCUUUUAAUUUACCAAAUUUACAAAGAAUAAGAGGUGAUUUUCAAUUAAAUUCUACAUCUGAAGAUUUCAAUUGUGAUGAAUUUAAUGAUUAUCAUGAAAAUGGUGAUAUUGAAGGUAAUAAUUAUAUAUGUUCUUAUCCAAGUGGUUCAUUAAUUGUUACUGAAGGUUCAACUAGUAGUUUUUCUGCAACUGAUGGUAGUAGUGAAACUACAUCAACUGAUGGUAAUAGAUCUUCUGGUGUUGAAAAAUUAUUUAUACCAAAUUUUGCAGUUGUUUUAGUUGGAAUUUGUUUAGGUUUCUUGAUGUUAUAA